UACCCAUAGUUAUAUUUUUAUAAGUAUCUCAUUCUUUCUUGAGUUGUGUAGUAUUUCCAGCAAUUUGAUUCUUCUUUUCUUUUUGGGUCUGUUGUGAUAUUUUGGGUUACUCUGCCACUUCUGGAAAUGAUCAUUGCCACAUGGGUAUAAAUUCGAGUUUGAGUUCUUACGGCCAAAAGCAACCAAGUGGUAGAGAGUACUCUUAAAAUCAAAAUGGCCAAAUAUUUGCAUGUGUUUCUGGUUCCAUAUGCAGCCUUUGGCCACCUGCUUCCAUUCUUCCAUCUCUCCCGUGGAGUUAGCCAAAGCUGGGAUUCGUGUCUCCUUCAUUUCUAUACCUUGAAACAUCCAAAGACUCCCCAAACCACCUUCAGAACUAUCUGCUUUCAUAGACUUGUUGGCAUUUCCGCUCCCAGUCAUCAACGGCAUUUCCUUGCCGGAAGGUGCCGAGGCCACUGUCGACGUUUCUUCAGAGAAAGAGGACGACUUAAGGGCUGCCUAUGAUAUUUUGUGUCAUCCCUUUAGGCAAUUCAUCGCCAAUGAAUCACCCAAUUGGAUAGGCGUUGAUAUGUUCCCGCAUUGGGUGAUUGACAUUGCCGACAAUUUCCGUGUGCCAGUUUUCUGCUUUUCUGUCUUCUCGGCCGCCACCAUGGUCUUUAGCGAGCCACCGGAGUGUUUGGCAGGAAAGGGCCUAAAGAAAGUCCGUCCAUCACCAGAAUCCCUGACAUCACCGCCUGAGUGGGUGACUUUUCUGUCAUCCGUCGCCUUCCGGCGUGGCGCUGAAGCCAAUGGCAGCUAUUAUUUAUAUUACAAUGGUCAUCUGGGUGAAAGAGUACCUAAAAUUCUAAAUGGGUGCAAGGCUGUGGCCAUUCGUAGUUGCAAGGAAAUUGAAGGUGAUUACUUGGAAGUACUUGAGAAGAUCUACCAGAGGCCAGUUAUUCCAGUGGGGUUUUUUCCACUGGAUCAGCCAGAGCAAAGGGAUUAUGGUGAGGAGUGGCUUAAAACAUUUAACUGGCUUGAUCAACGAAAACCCAAGUCUGUUGUGUUUGUUGGCUUUGGAAGUACAUGUAAGUUAAGCAAAGAUCAGGUUCAUGAGAUAGCCUCUGGGCUAGAGCUUUCCAAUCUGCCAUUCCUAUGGUCACUUAUAAAAUCUGAAAAGGCAUCUGAAAUUGCCAACGAUGUCGAUAUUUUACCUCCAAGCUUCAGGAAGAACGCGGCUGGCCGAGGUUUGGUGUGUAUGGGAUGGGUUCCUCAAGUGGAAAUUUUAGCCAAUCCUGCCAUUGGAGGAUCUAUGUUUCAUGCUGGGUGGGGUUCUGUGAUAGAGAAUCUGAGGUAUGGUCAUCGACUCAUUGUGUUGCCUCUGGUUUUUGAUCAAAUAUUAAAUGCUAGGUUGUUGGUGGACAAGGGUUUGGGUAUCCAAGUUGAGCAAAAUGAAGAUGGUCAUUUAGUAGGGAUGCCAUUGCCGAGUGUCUGAGGCAAGCCAUGGUCUCAGAAGAAGGGAACCAGAUAGGCCUCAAAGCAGCAGAAGUGCUGCUGCUGUUGUCAACCAUCCGUCCCUGCAUCAAGAAGCACUACAUAAGAAAAAUCAAGAUCCCCACUUCUUGAGAAACCAAAUGCACUGCAAGUGGCCAGUUGCAUUUAAAAUUCACUAGCAUCUUUGACUGGAGUGAGCUGUGAGACCUACUUCAAGUGAACAAAUUUAGAGGCAGCAUAAACCUGAGGAACCCAUCACUUUCUCCCACUUUUUAAUCCUUCUCUCUCUCAUUCUGGAAUCUAUAGUUAGCCCUCCUCGGAGCAGCCAAGCAGCGACCUACGGGAACAGGUUAGAAAUCUGAAACCCCUCUCUCUCUCCCUUCCUCUCCCUCUCUCCCUGUGGGCUUCAGAGACCUGUGGGACUGUGCUCUGUGCUCCGCGGUAAAUGUUAGUAUAGGGACUACGUUAUUACUACCCAUAGUUAUAUCUUAGUAAGCAUCUCAUUCUUUCUUGAUUUGUGAAGUAUUUCCAGCAAUUUGACUCUUCUUUUUUUGGUUACUCUGCCACUUCUUAAAAUGAUCUUUGCGACAUGGGUAUAAAUUCAGUUAGUUUCAAGAGGAAACUGUAUAGAAGAUUAUAUAUCUGCGGUCGUUUGGGCUCCUUAAAAAAGAGAGGUAUUCCUUCGGGAAAUAAGAAUCCGAAAUAUUUUUCUUAUAUCUGUUUCACUUAAUUUGGGCAAGGAUCAAGGAAUUGGAGUGGCCCAGAGGAAUCCCUUAUGGGUUCCUAGUCUCCAGUCCCGGCUGUUGCAAUGCCAGAGAUUUCCUGUAAUUUUGUAUGCAUUGUCUGGUUGUUGCAUUUUAAUAAUUUUGUGUGACAAUGGGCAGGUAGCCUGGAGUAAAUUCGAGUUUGAGUUUCAAACGGCCAAAAGCAACCAAGUGGUGGAAAUUCCUCUUAAAAAUAAGAAAUGGACAAAGAUUUGCAUGUAGUUCUGGUUCCAUAUGCAGCCUUUGGCCACCUGUUUCCAUUCUUCCAUCUCUCCAUAGCCUUAGCUGAAGCUGGGAUCCGUGUCUCCUUCAUUUCUACACCUAGAAACAUCCAAAGACUUCCCAAACCACCUUCAGAACUAUCUGCUUUCAUAAAUUUGGUGGCAUUUCCACUCCCUGUCAUCGACGGCAGUUCCUUACCGGAAGGUGCCGAGGCCACCGUCGACGUUUCUUUAGAGAAAGAGGUGGACUUAAGGGCUGCCUAUGAUCUUUUGUGUCAUCCCUUUAAGAAAUUCAUCGCCAAUGAAUCACCCAAUUGGAUAGGCGUUGAUGUGUUUCCGCAUUGGGUGAUUGACAUUGCUGCCAAUUUUCGUGUGCCAGUUUUCUGCUUUUCUGUCGUCUCGGCCGCCACCAUGGUCUUUCGCGGGCCACCGGAGUGUUUGACAGGAGAGGGCCUAAAGAAAGUCCGUCCAUCACCGGAAUCCCUGACAUCACCGCCUGAGUGGGUUACUUUUCCAUCAUCCGUUGCCUUCCGGCGUGGCGCUGAAGCCAAUGGCAGCUAUUAUUUGUAUUACAAUGGGCAUCUGGGUGAAAGAGUGAGUAAAGUUCUAAAUGGGUGCAAGGCUGUGGCUGUUCAUACUUGCAAGGAAAUUGAAGGUGAUUACUUGGAAGUACUUGAGAAGAUCUACCAGAAGCCAGUUAUUCCAGUGGGGUUUUUUCCACUGGAUCAGCCAGAGCAAAGGGAUUAUCAUGAUGAGGAGUGGCUUAAAAUAUUUAACUGGCUUGAUCAACAAAAACCCAAGUCUGUUGUGUUUGUUGGCUUUGGAAGUACAUGUAAGUUAAGCAAAGAUCAAGUUCAUGAGAUAGCCUUUGGGCUAGAGCUUUCCAAUCUGCCAUUCCUAUGGUCACUCAUAAAAUCUGAAGAGGCAUCUGAAAUUGUCGACGACGUUGAUGUUCUACCUCCAAGCUUCAUAAAGAACACGGCUGGGCGAGGUUUGGUGUGUAUUGGAUGGGCUCCUCAAGUGGAAAUUUUAGCCAAUCCUGCCAUUGGAGGAUCUAUGUUUCAUGCUGGGUGGGGUUCUGUGAUAGAGAAUCUGAGGUAUGGUCAUCGACUCAUUGUGUUGCCUCUGGUUUUCGAUCAAAUAUUAAAUGCUAGGUUGUUGGUGGACAAGGGUUUGGCAGUCCAAGUUGAGCAAAAUGAAGACGGGUCAUUUAGUAGGGAUGCCAUUGCAAAGUGUCUGAGGCAAGCCAUGGCCUCAGAAGAAGGGAACCAGAUAGGACUCAAAGCAGCAGAAGUUGCUGCUGCUGUCAACCAUCCAACCCUGCAUCAAGAGCACUACAUAAGUGAGUUUGUCCAGUAUCUGAAAAAUGGGGUUCGAGCACAAAAUUGAUCUUCCUUUCCAUUGCCUUGGUUUUGAAUCCGGCCCUAACCGAAGUGCAUAUUUGGGUAAAUUGCUUCUAAGAAGCCAGUUUUUGGGGUUUUUUUUUUGUUUGUUUUCCAUUCUGUACUCUUUCGUUUAUAUGUGAAUUUUGAAAGGAAAGAAAUGUUCCCAUGAUACUAGGAUCUAAUUUCACUCUGGUUUUUGGAGAUUCUUAGGCCUUUGCUUGCUUUAAAAAUUCAAGAAUGGAUCUUUGAUAA